AUGACGUCAGACAUGCAGAGGAAAAAAGAAAGGACCCCGCUGCCGCGCUACUGGAGUCUAGUCCUGGUGACCUGCUGCUGGACAGUUCUCAGUGCUCCCAAUGGAUCCAGCGCUCAAACUCUCCCCACCAACCAGUCGCUCCCCGAGCCGACCCUGGUGAACGGCUUCUUGCUGAGCAACCAUUCCAAUUGGACAAAUCCAGUGCUCGGGAACACGCCCCGACCGCUACAAGUAAUUAAGUGCCAAUCGCUGACGAAACCGGUGUACGACUUCUAUCAGAUCGAAGCACCAAGGAAGACUUGUCACAUUCCGCCUCCGCUUGUAAACGUCCUCCAUCCAAAGCACACUCCCAUAGUACUCCGCAUUCUCCUGGGCACAGCCAUCCUUCUCAGCGUGGUUCUCUUCGGCCUCAUUCUGUUUUGGAUGGCUUGGGUGGCUUUCCUUAUCGCUUUGUCCGGCGGUCUGGCGACCCUGGCGGUAGUCGGCUGCCUGCUGAUCUGCCUUCUGAGGUGCAUCUUCUGCUGUUGCUUUCCUUGGGAGAAGAGCGCCAGCUCUCAGGAGGCCCCAGAUGUGGAAGCACCCGGCCCUUCGCCAAAUCACGCCGACAACGUCACUGGAAAGAAAGAGGUUACUAAGUCAGUUCAAGUCGAGUCCCUGAAGUCCGAGAUUGGCUGGGUAAAGUCAAACGAUACCGCUAAGCAAGAGCGCACUAUUAGCUGGGAGCCGGCCAAUGAGUUCAACCCCUUCGAUCUCAGCUACACCAGCGAAAUACAAACGCCAAACAAGGACGCGAGGGCCGCCGCUUUCCAAGGACACGUGGCGGCUUCGAAGGCAGCUGCUGACAUCACUCCCCAGUCAGUGGAGCUUUCGGACGGCCAGUUUGGGUCGGAUCUACAAGUUCCCCCGGUGAUCUGCUACAAGACCAAGGAAAGGAAAGAGGGCCCGGAAGCGCGACCCAUACUGUCAGGGACUCCUGAUCGCGACGUACAUCGUAACGCUGCCGGUCUGAACCAGUACCUGGCUACCAAGACCAACGGAACCAGCCUGACGCUGCAGCUCUGCAAGAACGGCAACUUUCAAUUCUACGCUCUGGCUCCGGACGGCUGCGGACGUCUGGAAGAUCCGUACGGCGGCCGCGCCCCCGACAACGAGCUGCCGGCACGUAUCCGCGCCACGUGUCCGGAAUUUCUGGGCAUUUGGCCCGCCAAAGUCUUGGUGUACUGGUCUCCACUCAACCAGGCAAUGGCCGUCGCCGUCUGGUCUUUGGUACUGGACUGCACGUUGCCUCUGUGCGAGUGCGAGGGGUGUAAGAAGGAGCGCGAGAGGAGAGCGGAAGUUGCGGUUCAAACGGAGGACCCUCCGCGUGAGCAAUUUGGAGUGGAAGAAACAGUCUAG